AUGGAGGAGUCUCAAUAUGAUUUAGGAGUGUUGGAAGAUAUUGAUCCAAGUUUAGAUGGCGGAUUUAAAAUUUAAUUUAAUAAGGAGAUUAAUAUAGAAACAAGGUUGAUUAUCUAAAAUUUAAUGGUUAGAAUAUAAAAUGCUAAUACUGGCCCUUAAGAAAUAGGAACUCUUGAAUAGAUCUAAGUGAAAAUACUUGUUUAGGGAGAUCAAUAAGCAUUUGAGAAUUUAAAAAUUGAAUUGACUAGCGAAACAGAUCUAUUUUUUAAUUACAUAUCUAUUAUUGACAAAGAAAACUUUAAAAAAAUAAAAGAAGAAUAGAAACUUACAAUAGAGUACCCUUAAUUCUUACAAAUGUUAAUUAAACUAUUAAGUUCAAGUCAUAAGGAACCUAAUCACUUCUUUUGUGUAUUUUUUAUGCAAUAGGAUGGGGCUGCUAAAUUAGAUUUUAUAGAAAAUUUAGAAUAUAAAUUUAUGGAAAUGUUAUCACUGAAAUUCAGCAGUGCAACUGAAGAGACUAUGAGAUAAAAUAUAUCAUUUAGAUAUAAUUUUAUUAAAGCUAAGCUUCAGUUUGUCCAAAACAGAUUAAAUGAUAUAACCUCUCUAAUAAAAUUAAAGAAUCCUUCACUUCUAGCUCAACUAAAUAAAGUGUCAAUUAGUUCGAAUCAAAGUUAAAGUAAUCAAAACGUAAGUAAAUACAUGGGAUAAUCUAGAAAAAAUAAUAACUCAUCUAAAUUUAUAUGA